AUAAAAAUGGCUACCCCCGUACGUCAAUACACGGGGAAGCUUCUAGCUGUAACAACCUAUUUACGAUGCAGGGCUACAAUUUCAUCACGUUCAACAGUUUUCUUAACAAUCAGGCAUCAGAAGAAGAAAAUGUUUACAGCUAAAACAGUCGCAACACCAUGUUUGGUUGCAGGACAAAGAGUACGUAAUUUUAUUGUGGCAUCAUGCGGAUUAUCCAUUGCUACUUUGGGUUUCGCUUUUUUGAAACCGGCCGAAUGUAGUAACAGAGAUAGUGAUAGACACUUAGAACUACUAAAUGCAAUCAAAGAUAAUAACUUGUAUGAAAUCCAGAGAUUAUUGAAGGAUAAAGUGUCGCCAGAUUGUAGACAUGUGUUGGGUUGGACAGCUCUCCAAUUGGCAGCUGUUAAUCGGAAUAUCAAAGCCCUCCAUCUGUUACUUGAUGCAGGGGCGGAUCCGAAUCUCGGAGACGAAUUUGUGAAUAUAAAUGUCACGUCUAGGGAGAAGAAAUUGAACACGUUACAAGUGUUGCUGUCACGGGAAGAAGAUUUUUGUGACAGAUUAAAUAACAGUGUUAAUUUUAAAGACAGUACUGCCCUUCAUUAUGCCGUUUUAGUCGAGGAUAAGGAUGUUGUAGAAGCUUUAUUAAAAGCUGGGGCUGACCCAACUAAAGAAAAUGCGUUAGGUCAUAAGCCAAUUGCGUACGCCAGAUCACCCGCUGUAAAAAAUAUUCUCAAGAAUUACGAAAAAGAUUUCCAUGAAAUAAAAGCCCAAAACGAAGCGGAGGAAAGACGAAAAUAUCCUUUAGAGAAUCGAAUAAGAGAAGUGAUUAUUGGACAAGAAAUAGCCAUUAAUACUGUUGCAUCAGCCAUACGGAGAAAAGAAAAUGGCUGGUACGAUGAGGACACACCCUUAGUAUUCCUAUUUUUAGGAUCGUCGGGUAUCGGAAAAACUGAACUGGCUAAACAAGUGGCUAAAUAUCUCCACAAAGAUUCCAAAAAGGGAUUUAUCCGAAUUGAUAUGUCCGAAUAUCAGGAGAAACACGAGGUUGCUAAGUUCAUUGGAUCUCCGCCUGGUUACGUUGGACACGAAGAAGGCGGUCAGUUAACUAAAAAAUUAAAGCAAUGUCCAACGGCUGUUGUUUUGUUUGAUGAAGUGGACAAAGCUCACCCCGAUGUCCUGACGAUAAUGUUGCAACUCUUUGAUGAAGGACGAUUAACUGACGGUAAAGGAAAAACAAUAGAAUGCAAAGACGCCAUCUUUAUCAUGACCUCUAACCUCGCCAGUGAAGAAAUCGCACAGCAUGCUUUGGAUCUACGCGAGGAAGCGAAAUUAGCAAAUAAACAAAAGAGUACUGGUGUUGAUAACAGCGAAAUACUGGAAAUGGUAACGAUAUCCAGAAAUUUCAAAGAUAAAGUCGUCCGACCGAUCUUGAAGCGAAGUUUCAGACGAGACGAAUUCUUGGGAAGAAUCAGUGAAAUUGUGUACUUUUUGCCCUUUUCCCGAUUAGAGCUGAGCAAGCUAGUCACAAAUGAACUGGAAUUCUGGUCUAAAAGAGCCAAGGCUAAGCAUAACAUUGAGUUACAAUGGGAUCACCAUGUUGUAGAUGUUUUAGCCGAUGGUUAUGAUGUUCAUUACGGAGCGAGAUCCAUCAAGCACGAGGUGGAACGGCAAGUUGUAACACAGCUAGCCAUGGCCCACGAGCAGCAGUUGAUAUCCAAAGGUUGCUCGAUUCGUUUGGUCGUACCCAAUCCUAGCGAUCCAACCAAGUCCCUUGAUUCUAAAUCAUCUGACCAGUUGAACAAUCGAGUGAUAAAACUACAAAUACGAAAACAAGGUUCUAAAGAAUUUAAAGACUUGGACUUCAAAAAUCCAUCAAAAAGACUUGCAGAUGCAAAUAGCUUUGUUUCAUGAUGAGUGCGUUUUUUUUUAUAAAUCCAUUUAGUGGUUUGAGAAUGAUUAAAAGAGGUAUUUUUGAUAAGUCUUAAUAAACCAAGGAUAAUAGA